CGCUCCUCUCGUUCUUUCGGCAUUUGUAAUUGGAACAAACAACAGAGACAGUCAAGCCUGCUUUUCGAAGAUCAACUCCAUCUCCAUCAUCCACUUUCAAUUAGGUUUGCCCCUCCUUUCUCCUGAGAUCUGUUCAUUUCUCUCCGUUCUCAAUCGAUCUCACGCAUUCUGCAAUCUUCUCCAGCUUCCAAUCUGCAUCAGCCUCCCCCUUCUUCCAAAUGGCUAAGAGCGAUGAAAGUUCCUCUGUUCAGCUUAUAGAUGGAGAUGGUGGAUUCAACGACACUGGAAUUGAUAACUUUAUCAAAGAUGUGAAAUUGGGGGAAUGUGGACUUUCAUAUGCAGUAGUAUCCAUCAUGGGCCCUCAAAGUAGUGGGAAGAGUACAUUGCUAAACAACUUGUUUGGAACCAACUUUAGAGAGAUGGAUGCUUUUAAAGGGAGGUCUCAAACAACUAAAGGUAUAUGGUUGGCUAGAUGUGCUGGAAUUGAGCCUUGUACACUAGUAAUGGAUUUGGAGGGAACUGAUGGAAGAGAGCGAGGAGAGGAUGACACUGCAUUUGAGAAGCAGAGUGCCCUCUUUGCACUUGCUGUUUCGGAUAUAGUGCUAAUAAACAUGUGGUGUCAUGAUAUUGGCCGUGAGCAGGCGGCAAAUAAACCUCUCCUCAAAACUGUAUUUCAGGUCAUGAUGAGAUUGUUCAGUCCGCGUAAAACAACGCUAAUGUUUGUCAUACGUGAUAAAACAAGGACACCACUGGAAAAUUUAGAGCCUGUUCUUAGGGAGGACGUGCAGAAGAUAUGGGACUCUGUUCCUAAGCCACAAGCCCACAAGGAAACCCCAUUAAGCGAAUUUUUUAAUGUUGAAGUUGUUGCUUUAUCUAGUUUUGAAGAAAAGGAAGAGCAAUUCAGGGAGCAGGUUGCAAAUUUGAGACAGAGAUUCUUCCAUUCUAUUGCCCCAGGAGGGCUUGCUGGAGAUCGCAGGGGAGUUGUUCCUGCUUCAGGUUUCUCUUUUAGUGCUCAGCAAAUCUGGAAAGUUAUCAAGGAAAACAAGGAUCUUGACCUUCCAGCCCAUAAGGUUAUGGUGGCUACUGUUCGUUGCGAAGAAAUUGCUAAYGAGAAGUUUGCCUGGUUUGCAUCAAAUGAGGACUGGUCUACUUUGGAAGAAGAAGUACAAUCCGGCCCAGUUCAAGGUUUUGGAAAGAAGCUAAGUUCGAUAAUUAAUACUUGUCUAUCAGAGUAUGAUGCAGAAGCCACAUUUUUUGACGAAGGUGUGAGAUCUGCAAAGCGAGCACAACUUGAAGAAAAAUUGUUGCAACUUGUUCAAUCAGCCUUCCACUUGCUGUUGGGACACAUAAGGUCUGGGAUAUUUGAUAAGUUCAAAGAGGCAUUUGACAAAGCUUUGAAUGAAGGGGAAGCAUUUUCUUCGGCUUCCAGUAAUUGUGCUCGAACCUAUAUGGACACUUUUGAUGUUGAAUGUGCUGGUGCUGUCAUUGAGCAAGCAAACUGGGACACUUCUAGAAUAAGGGAUAAACUUCAACGUGAUAUUGAUGCACACAUUGCUUGUAUUCGUGCUGAUAAAUUAUCCGAACUUUCUGCAAAGUUUGAGAAAAAACUGAAGGAAGCAUUGUCGGGACCUGUAGAAGCUUUGCUAGAUGGAGCUAAUAAUGAGACAUGGCCAGCCAUAAGAAAACUUCUUCAACGGGAGACUGAGUCUGCCAUCUCUGGACUGUCUAAAGGACUGGUGGGCUAUGAUAUGGAUGRAGAAACCAAGGACAAAAUGCUUACCAGUCUUAAAGAGUAUGCAAGAGGUGUAGUUGAUGCAAAAACAAGGGAAGAAGCUGGAAGGGUCCUGAUUCGUAUGAAGGAUAGGUUUUCUACGUUGUUUAGCCAUGAUGCGGAUUCAAUGCCACGUGUUUGGACUGGGAAGGAAGAUAUCCGGGCAAUCACCAAAACUGCUCGUUCUGCUUCCCUGAAGCUGCUCUCUGUUAUGGCUGCUCUACGUUUGGAUGAUGACGAUUCCGGUGAGAUAGACAAAACUCUAUUAAGUUCCUUGCUGAAUAUCCCGAACAGUAGCAAUACAAAAGAUAGGAGCAUUGUGGCAGCUGACCCUCUCGCCUCGAGCUCAUGGGAAAAUGUUCCACCAUCACAGACAUUGAUUAGUCCUGUUCAGUGCAAAUCUAUAUGGAGGCAAUUCAAGAUGGAGACAGAAUACAGUGUCUCUCAGGCCAUUGCUGCACAGGAAGCUAGCAAGCGUAGUAAUAACUGGUUGCCCCCCCCAUGGGCAAUUGUUGCUAUGCUGAUUCUAGGAUUUAAUGAGUUCAUGACGCUUCUAAGAAAUCCUUUAUAUUUGGGCGUCAUAUUUGUUCUCUAUCUACUCGCCAAAGCCCUGUGGGUGCAGCUAGAUAUUUCCGGGCAAUUUAGCAAUGGUAUUCUCCCAGGGCUGCUUUCAUUGUCUUCCACAUUUGUACCCACUAUCAUGAAUCUUCUUAAGAAAUUAGCAGAAGAAGGACAACAGAGGCCUGCAACUGCUGAUCCUCAGAACAACCCUGCUUUAGCAUCAAAAGGCUUCCAGAACAGCUCUAGCAACGACUUGACAUCUACYGCCUCGUCAGGAGUGACUUCGACAGAGACCGGUGCCGGGCACUCCAGUCGCUCAAAGGAAGAGUAGGUUGAAGGGAGCUGGUUAUAGAUUAGUUUCUCCUUUUUGAAGAUAUUUGGUUUCUUCCAUAUGACUGCGGGUCGUCCUCGUCAAAUAUAUGAUUCAUGUAUGUUAUACUAUUGGAAGAAUGUAAGAAGCAAAGGCUGAAGUUUCAGGCUUUAAUUUUUGUGCUGAGGAGCCUCAAGCAGGGGCCUGGGGUCCCAAAUAUCAGUAUAGGUGUUCCCAUUCUGUGACCCCUUUUGGGUUUGAAUAGACUAAGAAUGCUUUUCCUUUUCCUAUAUUAAUGUCUGAUUAUCUGCUCUUUUGCAUCUGAUUUUGUCUUUAUGAGAGUUGUAACAUUGACAGUGAGUAUAUUUUUAUCUUUAAUUUAUUUAUA